UGGUCGCUCCCGCUCUUGCUUAGACUCUUGACCUGGUGUCACACGUUCACGACCGACUGACCUACUACACAUCGCACAAGCAACGCCCCGACUGCACAUCCCACACGUCGCAACUCCCGAACCGAACCCCACUAUACUUUGACAGACAUGAAGGUCUCUGCUGUGUUGGCUUUGUCGCUCGCCACCGCCGCGCUGGCGCUGCCCCGCCGCCUUUUCCCUCGGGACAGCGGCUUCGCAUUGCAGAAUGGUCAGCAGGCCAUUGCGCAGAACGCGCAGUUCGCGACGCUGACCGCCAACUCGUCGUGCGAGACAGGCACGGACGCGUGCGUCGAGCAGAAGUUCGCGCAGUGCGUCUCGGGCUCGUACGUGCUCCAGUCGUGCGGGUCCGGCGAGAUCUGCGCCGCGCUCCCGCUCGUCAACUCGGCGGGCACGAGCAUCACCUGCACGACGCAGGACGACCUCCAGCAGCGCAUCGCUGCCACUGGCGCGUCGAACUCGACAUCCUCCGCGGUCUCGUCUGGUGUGGCGACCGCAACCGGGAUCUCCUCCGUGGUGGCGUCAGCAUCGUCUGGAGGUGCCGCAAGCGCGACGAGCGCGUCUGCGUCUGCACCUAGCAGCACCGCGUCGAGCAGCGGCAACGACACCGCGUCCCAGUCCUCGCUCACCCUCCUCGACUCGCUCGUCAACACCGGGUUCUCGGACGACGGCACGAACGCCGCCUCCCCGGAGGCCGGCGAAGUCGCCUCGCUGACGUCCGCGAACAACUUCAUCAACUACUGCGCGACGCUGGGCCUGCCGCUCACGAACGGGACGCAGGUGAAGGCGGGCUCGUGCAACGCCGCGCCGAUGGGCGCGAUCGCCGCGACGACCGCGAUGCCGUCCGCGAAGUUCGUCAGCCCGGCGAACCUCGGGCGCGUCCCCGCGAACGCGAACUUCACCGUCGUCCUCGCGGUCAGGAACCUCGAGACGGGCUGGUUCGUCAACCCCGCGACGAACUACUUCGCCGCGCCGCAGCAGCUCAACGCCUCGACCGGGCUGAUCAUGGGCCACAGCCACGUCGUAAUCGAGGAGAUCCAGGGCAUGAACCAGACGGACCCGACGGACCCCACGAAGUUCGCGUUCUUCUCGGGCUUGAACGCGGUUGCGGAGAAUGGCCAGUUGACGGCGACGGUGAAUGGGGGGCUGCCGAAGGGCACGUACAGGAUGGCGAGCAUCAAUGCGGCGGCGAACCACCAGCCGGUGCUCGUCGCGGUUGCGCAACAUGGUGCGCUCGAUGAUAUGAUCUAGUGACUUCACGGUCGAAUGAAGAGCUCGACGCUCGACUCACGAACUCUCAAACGUGACGACGCCUUUCACUCGCGUUCCCCAUCGCUCGUUGCACGACGAUAGCGGGCCUUUCACAGCUUGACGCUCUGGUGUAGCUCUAACAUUAUUUGCAGUCCAUCUGUAUCCAUAGCCACUGACCGACGUCCACUGUACUCUACACACUCAACGACCUGGCUUUUCGAAUGACAUUUUUUGGUUCAAGUCUUCGCUUGUGUGCUUAAGCC